CUCUCCUGUGUUCUUCCUCUCUGGACUUCUCUUGUGUGUUGCUCUGAUGGAAAUGUGGAGGAUCUUUCUGUCUGUCUCUCUUGUGGUCCAGCACAGUUCAGCUGAAGAAGUUAUGCUGCUGGACACUACAGAGUCCACCGCUGAGCUAGGCUGGACAACAUAUCCUGACACAGGGUGGGAUGAGGUGAGCGUGUUGGAUGACAAGGGGAGACUCAUGCGUACCUUUGAAGUCUGCAAUGUCAAUCAGAACCCUCGUCUCCAAGACAACUGGUUGGCCACGCCCUUCCUGUACCGGCAGUCAGCUCCACGGAUCUUUGUGACACUCCGUUUCUCGGUUCGUGACUGUGCCAGUUUACGCUCCCCCUCGCCGACAUGCAGGGAGACACUGACACUGUACUACAAACAGGCUGACUCCCAGAGAGAGCUGGAGAGAACCUGGGCAGCUGAGCCUUCCAGUGGAGAGACGAGAGAGGGCUGGGUAAAGAUCGACACCAUCGCAGCAGACAAGAGUUUCAGCCGUGUGGAGCCAAGUCUACCUCACCAGUACAAACCUGAAAACGCACGACGCAUCAACGUCAAAACCCGCAGCUUUGCUCCUCUCACACGCAAAGGGUUUGUGUUAGCAAUAGUAGACAGUGGAGCAUGCGUGUCACUCAUGGGUGUUUCCAUAUUUUAUCGUCGCUGUCCAGCAACCAGUCGUUUCCUGGCCUUCUACCCGGCCACGCCCUCUGGGGCGGAGCCAACGUCUCUUGUUCCGGUGACUGGAACUUGUGUACCCCAUAGCCAAUCACAGGGUGGGACAGCUCCAAGAAUGCACUGUAACACAGAAGGCGAAUGGCUGGUGCCUGUUGGAGGAUGUACGUGUGAUGCGGGAUAUGAGCCCAAUCAUAAUGGUUCAGCCUGUUUAGCCUGCUCAAUUGGGUCCUAUAAAGCAGUGGCUGGCUCAGUUUCGUGCACAGAGUGCCCAUCUAACAGCAGAACCAGUUCAGAAGGGUCUAAACUUUGCGAGUGUCGGAGUGGCUACUACCGCGCACCCACCGAUGCCAACACCACCGCCUGCACAAGCCCUCCAUCAGCGCCGGUGUCUCUAUCAUGGGAGUAUGAGAGUUCUGAGGGUGGGGUGUCUUUGCGCUGGAGACCUCCCACGGACAUGGGGGGUCGGAGGGAAGUGUGGUAUGGGGUGGUGUGCCGAAUCUGCCCGUCUGCUACUAGCACACCACCCAGCAUGUGCUCCUGGUGUGGAGAGACUGUCUCUUUUUCCCCUUCUCAAACUGGCUUAAAGCAGACAAGAGUCACCCUCAAAAACCUGCUCACUAGGGUCACCUACCUCAUCCAGGUUCAAGCAAUAAAUGAAGUGUCAGCGCUGAGCCCUUUUCCACCUCAGUUCGCCAGCAUUAACUUCACCACCAGUCAAUCAGUGCCUUCUGAGGUUCCCAUGCUGCACCAGUUGAGCAGAUUUCAAGACUCCAUCACACUGUCCUGGCCUCAGCCUGACCGGCCCAAUGGUGACAUCCUGGAAUACCAGCUCCGAUACUACGACAAGGGGUCUGAUGAGGACAGCGCUGUGAGCGUCUUCAGUGAAACAAACACAGUGACAGUUGGAAGCCUGAUUCCAGGCUCCAUCUAUGCCUUCCAGAUCCGUGCUCGAAAUGAGAGAGGCUACGGGCCCUACAGCCACACUAUUUACUUCAGCACCCUAGCGAUGGAGGAACAGUCAAAGCAGAUUCAAAAUCGCCUGCCCCUUAUGAUCGGAUCAGUAAUGGGCGGAGCAGCAUUUCUAUUGGUUGUGAUAGCGAUCAUCAUUGUGUUUGUGUUUCGAAGUAAAAGGAGAGAGAGCCCUUAUAGUGACAGACUUCAGAGAUACAUGAGCAACAGAGGUGGGGUGAAAUAUUAUGUGGAUCCCUCUACUUACGAAGACCCCAGUGAGGCAGUCAAAGAAUUUGCACGAGAAAUCGACCCUGCUCACCUUAAGAUUGAAGAGGUCAUUGGUGCUGCUCAGUUUGGGGAGGUGUCCCGUGGCCGGUACAGGCCACUAGGUCGUAGAGAGGUGUUGGUUGCGGUUAAGACUUUGCGUUGGGGAGUGACAGACCGUGAGAAGAAUGUGUUUCUCAGUGAGGCAGGAGUCCUUGGCCAGUUUGACCACCCCAAUGUGCUGAAACUAGAAGGUGUGGUCACUCGCUCCCCUCCUGAACGUAUUAUCACAGAGUUUAUGGAGAACGGACCCCUGGAUGCCUUUCUCAGGGAAAACGAAGAUCAGUUCAGCGUGUUGCAGCUCGUUGGCAUGGUGAGAGGUGUUGGAGCUGGAAUGCGCUAUCUUUCGGAGCGGAAUUUCGUCCAUCGUGACCUUGCUGCGCGGAAUGUCCUGGUGAAUUCGAACCUGGUUUGUAAGGUGUCUGACUUCGGCCUGUCACGUUUAAUGAGGGGUCUGGACCACAACAUGCCCACCUACACUGCUUCACUGGGGAGUAAGAUCCCUGUGCGGUGGACAGCGCCCGAAGCUUUCCAGCAUCGUAAAUUCAGUUCAGCGAGUGACGUGUGGAGUUUCGGGAUACUCAUGUGGGAGGUCAUGUCAUAUGGAGAACGUCCGUACUGGGACAUGAGCAACCAAGAGGUGAUGAAGGCAGUGGUCGAUCAGUACCGUUUACCUGCUCCGAACGGCUGUCCUCCGGCUCUUCACUCUCUAAUGCUGCAGUGCUGGCAGGCCGACAGGCAGGACCGGCCAGGCUUUGAUACUCUCCUGUCGUCCCUUGACCGUCUCAUUCGCCACCCUGCCUCCCUAAAGGCCGAACACAGUCGUCCCAGCCAGCCACUCUUAAGCCCCACUCCUACUGACCUCUCAUCAGUGACAACAGUCGGUGAUUGGUUAACAGCUCUAAAGAUGGACCGGUAUAAGGAUGCGUUUGAGAGAGCACAGUACCACAGUUUGGAAAGAGUGAGCAUGCUCACAAUGGAGGAUGUUCAGGCUCUCGGAGUGAAUCUACUCGGUCAUCAGCGGAAGAUCGUAAAUGCAGCUAAGCAGCUCAGGACACACCUCACUCAGGGACAUGUGGAGGUCUAACGCGUCCCGCAUUGUGUCGACACAGCAGUGCAUGCUGGGAAAUCUAUCCCACAAGAACACUGAAAUAGAGACGAGGACGACAAAAAGAGCCUUGAGUGAAAAAGAAGAGUUUUGUUAGGAAUUAUUCGCCCAUCUGUUCCACCCCUUGCUGAACUGUUGUCUUCCACAUUCUUCUUUUGCUUACUCCUUCGGUGUUGCACUACCUCUCACUUUCUAACUUUUCAGUUCAUUACUCGAUGGCAUUCAGUAUGAACUUGCGCCUUAAGAACACAAAAAGAAAGCUCCUUCACAAUCAGUUGCAAGGACAAUCAGAGACUUUAAAUAGAAAGUAAAUGACUGUUAUGUCUUGUGGUUGAGGGCACUAAAAGUUUUUUUAACUAUACAACCUAACAACAGUUGGUUGAUAAACUGAAAACCCCAUAAUAACCACCACAAGGCCCUCAGUACUCUGCUUAAAGUCAUGUUUCUAAUCAGUAUUUUGCCUUGUUUUCCAGUAAAAAUAUCUAAAACAUUAGGUUGAGAGCUUGUUAAUUAUUUUUCCCCCUUUUUUUUAAGAAUGCGUAAAUAUUCUUUUCAGAAAAUACACAGAUCUUUUAAUGUUUUUGAAACAUUAUGCUCACAAGGACUGCAUUUAUCAAUUGUAAUAUUGUGAAAUAUUACUCAAAUGUAAAAUAACUAUUUUCUAUAUUUAAAUAUAAUUUAUUUAUAAUAAUAAAAUAAUAUCAGAAAUCAUUCUGAUGCUGAUUUGCGAGAAACAUUUCCUAUUAUCGAUGUUGAAAACUGUUGUGAUGAUUCAUAUUUUUGUGGAAUCCGUGACUCAUUUUUUUUCAGGAUUCUUUAAUGAAUCAAAAGUUCAGCAUUUAUUUAAAAUAGAAAUCUUUUGAAACAUUAUAAA